AACUGUACCGGAACCGGAACUGUCAUGGGUCUGCACAAAUUUUUUCAGAUUCGAUGGACAUGAUGGAUAUAUGAAUUUUGUUUACACUUUACAUACAGUGUACAGACGUAACCAUUACACUCACUACGUUGUGUGAGUUAUCACUACGUUGUGUGAGUUAAAAUGGCCACCGUACCUGUGGAGAGAAUAGAAUUAUGUUGUGCGGAUUCACUGAAUGCGGGACACUACUGGAUCGCCAUCUUGUGCCUGUCGCGUGGCAUUGAGUAAACAGGGGAUGCUGCUUCAAGUUUCUCCAAUUCUCUUCAUUUCCCGUGUACAUUCAUGUGAUUAACUGAUGGUCUGAUGGGUUGCACAACAACAGUCACAGUGGAUUAGUUCGUCUCUGGAGUGCUAACCGCACAGGAAUAUUUCUAUAAACUGUCGAUUCUGCUUAAAAUGAAGCGGGUUUGGAGUCCAAGCACUGUUGAAAUCAUGAGCGGUCAAGAUCCCUACCUGGACCAGGGCCUGGCCAUGCCCUACCCCAAGUCUACCACGACCAAUACCGUGUACGGCUCAUUCAUGAGAGAAUGGCCAAGGACCUAUAUCAACAAAACUGGCCCAGCAUUGAAAAAUCAGGUUCUCGACGAUAACAGACGAAAAGUCAAGAUUACUUCCAACGAAAUUGGAUCAUUUCUGAAUUACGAGCCGGUCAUUAGGUGGCACUAUGACUAUGGGCGAAAGAGGUCGCUCCCGGUUGACAGGACGCGGGAUGUAUUCGAGAAGAGAUAUGAGAGCAACAGGCGAAAUGAUGAUUCACGUGACAGCGAAAGACAUCAUCUGCCCCCUGUCGCCAGACGAAGGAAUUUAAGUCGAGGAUUCAGCGAGCCUGACGUUAGAGAAAGAAAACCCAUUGAAUCAGCUGAAGAGUUUAGACUUCCCGACAUUCAUAGCGUUGACUUGAAUUUCCAUGACAACAGCAGAGCAAGAGUUCACGUGAAAGACAUCGAGAUCCAUACAGCGAGGUUUUAAUUGUGUCAACGGAAUGUGGCCCUGUUUCUUUUGAAGCAAUGCCAACCAAGUGCUUUCGAGACAGUGACCCACCACACCGAAUCCGGUGGUAAGUCGCCAGGCCUAAAGUAUCAAGUAAUCAUCGGCAAUGUUAAAUUCCGUAACCUUUGGUCAACUUUCAGAUUAUGACAUAAAAAGCUUCAUAAACCCCUAAAAUAUGAAUUUUAAAACACGAAUUUAGAUAUACGAACUUAUAGACAUAAGUUGCUGUUUGAACUUUGUUAUUUUCUCACAAUAAAAAAUAUCUCAGGAACCACAAAAGAUACAAAAAUAGGAGUGGUAUCAAAAAAGCGUAUUCCCUAAACAAGAUGAACAAGAAGACAUUGUGAAUGUCAUAUGGUUCCCACGUAGUUAUAUUCAAUAACAACAAGACCAGCUUCGGUUGUCCCUGUAAUCUGAGAGAAGUACAAGACAAUAGCAUGUUUUUACAGUGUGUCCCACUAUGUUUGUUAGGUAUAGCAUCUGGAUGGCCUUGAUUUACCAGUGGUGGUAGUGUUGAGGGGGGGGGGGGGGCCCGAGGGAAAUUAAAAGUACUUGUCCAUUGGCAACCAGGAAUAUGCUUGUUUUGAACACAAGAUUUCCAUAAGGGCAGCAAAGUUGGUGUUGAUUUCAUCAUCAAUGCUUUGAAUUUUAAGUAACUGAAUUUUAACUGACAAAAUGGGUAGGCCUAAUUGAUGAACAAAGCAAAGUUAAUGCUCUUAUGAUAAGUUCCACUCUAUUGGCAGGGUUGACAAACCUGGGGGUACGACAUGUUUCCAGAGCUGUAGCUGUUGAGGGAGAUAAGAUAUGAAGGCGUGACGGACGGACACACACACACACACACGCACACACAGACACCAUGACCAGAAACAAUAUGGUUCCCGAUCUUACUGGAUCGGGAACCAUAAUAAUAUGUAAAUAACUCCAUAGUGGCCUUAGUGCGACUUACGACCCACUGCGGAGUAGUGGGUCACCAAUUACUGUGAUACUGGCUGAUUGAGGAGAACAAUAAGAAAACCAAACGAGUGUGUUUUUUGAGUGGAAAUAUAACAUGAGAGAUUGUAUUGGCCUGGAAACCCAAGAGACAGCAGGUCGAGUGUGUUUCCGGGCCAAGACAACCACGAAUGUGAUGUCGUCACUUGGUAUAAAUUUCUGCCACAAUUUAUAUCAGAUUUUAUUUUGAUAUGGGUUUUCGCAAAACCUCGAUGACGUCGUGGCAUGUGAUAAAAGACAAUUAUGAGAGGUCUCAGAAGAGAUUUUCAGUGGGAUGUUGUUCAAAGUAUUGAACUGCAGCCCCUCUGGACAUGCUGGAUGAUGGGCGGGCUACUUUACUAUAAUUCAGCAACAAACUCUGCAUCUACCAUCUUCGUACCAAUAUUGGGUUGAAAGUAAUAUUUUCUUUUUAACAUUUCGUUACUAGAUGAUUAUAUUAUUCAAUUUAGUGGCUCUUUUAUCGUUUCAUACAUUAGCGAAAUCCUUUGAUCCAUGCAUCAUAUUGAUAUGAUGAUUUCUCACAGAAAUGACUGAAAACAGAUGACAGGCUUCGAAACGAAACCAGCACUCGGAUUGGAAUAUGAAUGAGGACUUGUACAGUUUCAACACGAUGAGGCCCGGUCCGUCUCUUUGGAUGAUUGCCCUAAACAUUUUCUGGCAUGAUCGACGUGGUAGAGAUGCACCGAUCCUGUAUUAUGAGAUGUUUGGUUCGGGAGCUAUUGAAUCAGCUGGAUUUUUCGGGAAGUGUAGGAUGUUUUGCCAUUUUUUUGGAUUUUUGCUGUUACAUUUUCUUCGUAUUAGUCUUGACCCAGAUCAAUUUUAGAUAUAAUGAUGUGUGAUAGGGUGAUGUGUGAUAGGGUAGAUAUGGAUAUGUUAUGGGCUUGUAGUAAUAAUCAUCUAAGGUGAUCUUCGAACGUGCUAGUAAAACGUUUAACCUCGUCUAUUAAUUUAGGAACAUUCGUGCGACGUUCUAUUAUCUGAAUAAAAACUUUCAAGAGUUUUGUUUUUAA